UCUAAUUGCGAACCGUGUGUCGUUGCCGCCGGAUUGGAUGUUUAUUUUGGUUUCGUGUUCCCCGGCUAUCGCGGCAAUCAAGUGCUUGAAUAAUAAUCGAAUUAGACAUUAGUAACCCAUAAAUCUGGUCGGAAGUGCCGGGCACCAGGGACUUUUCUCCCAUCGCGGUUACGUGACAGGUGUUGCAAUGUGCCACUGAGAGACUGCCAAGACCAAAGGCCCCAAAAACCACUUGGCUAGACAUUGAAUUGGGUUCAAGAAUUUGUCCAUAACCGAAUAACACCAUGGUUGAGAAGGCCUCGAAUGCGUUUACGCUGGAAAAGCUCCGCAAUCUGCAAUGGCAAAAGGUGUUUCAUAUGUUCUACGUGGAACCGGUUGUGUUCAUGUUGCUGUUCUCGCACACGCUAUCGGGAACCAUUCAACGCAACCAGGUCAUAUACCAGACGUGCACGGUCAUCUUCCACUACAAUGAGUCCGACUGCAAGCAGCUGGAUGUGAAGAACGCCAGUGCCGAGAUAAAUGCCAUUGAAACGGAGCUCCAGCCGUAUGUGGCCAAUCUGUUCCUAACCCGCACCCUCCUGGAGAGCAUCGUUCCGGCCUUCUGCGGCCUGUUCAUUGGUUCCUGGUCGGAUCACUACGGUCGCAAGCCCCUGCUCAUUGUUUCUAUGAUAGGAUUUUCCGCCUCUUUCCUGAUGAUGGCCGCCAUUUGUGAGCUGUCCAGCUAUUACGUGGUCAAUCCAUGGUGGUACAUCCUGGCAACAGUACCGCACUCACUGCUCGGCGGGAAUUGCGUCUUCUCGGUGGCCGCCUUCUGCUUCAUCUCGGACAUCACGGACUGCAAGUCGCGACCUUACCGCAUGAUCUUCAUGGAGUCGCUGUUCUUCAUCGGCCUGACCAGUGGAUCUCUGCUGUCCAGCUUCGUGUACGCGGCAGUGGGAGCGGCGGCCACCAUUGGUCUUUCCGGUUGCAUCGUGACCUUCGCCACGCUCUUCAUCAUCUUCUUUGUGCCGGAGAGCCUGCACUAUCGUAAGUCGCAGGAAACCAAGACAGCGAUCACCGCGAAUGGGGAGAAGGAUUCCAAGGAGAAGGAUGUGCCGAUGACCGCCUGUGACCUGCAAUUGGACCGUGUAGCCAUUGACUGUCCGCCCAACUUUAUGUCCAAUAAUGAGCCGGAGAAGGAGAAGCGGAUGGAACUGCCCACACCGGCGACUCCAGCGAUGAGCUUCGACGACGACCUGCUGGCCAAGUACGUGGAGCGGCUGCCCCAAAAGGCCGAGGAGCGCAAGCGCAUGGAGGCGGAGGAGGAGCGGAUCAAGAAGGCGGGCCUGUUCAGUAUGGUCCACAUCAAAGACAUGCUUAGCACCUGUUUCAAACAGCGCGAUCAUCACGCGCGCGCCAUCAUCUGGCUUGUCACCCUGGCCAUGUUCCUGUCCAUCUUCGUCUUUGAUGGCGUGAUGACUGUGAUGUACCUGUUUGUGCGCGAGAAAUUCCACUGGACGGUGCGGGAUUACACGUUCUUCGAGACGGUCAGCCAUCUGGUUCCCAUGAUUGGCGCACUCAUCGGAUUCCUGAUCCUGCGAAAGGUCUUCCGCCUGUCGGUUGUGACCUUGGCCCUGCUCGCCUUCUUUUCGGAGAUCCUGAACAACCUGGCCAAGGGUUUUGCCACGAUGCCGUGGCACAUGUACCUCUCCGUUACCCUGGGCGUCUUUCGCUCCAUCUCAGGCCCCAUGUGUCGCACUAUAGUCUCGAAUAUAGUACCUCCCUCGGAUCUCGGCAAGAUUUUCUCCAUCAAGAACGUGUUGCAGUCGUUCGCACCGUUUGUGGCGGCCCCCCUGUACACCUUCAUCUAUAAGCGGUCGCUCACCACGUACCCGGGUCUGUUCAACUUCAUCAGCUCGUUCCUGUACCUGCUCUCGUUCGUGUUUAUCGGAUACGUCUUGCGGAUCAAGUACCGGCACAAGCAGCACUACGCCAAGGUUCUGAAGUGAGGCGCCGACAGCGGAUCUGUGGCCAAAUUAACAUGUGAUCACCCCAACCAAUCAAUAAACAUUUACAAGUGGAGCGAAUUUAAAGAUGCAAAUCCGGAAAACAAGCGGUUAACUGUGGGGAAUCAUCAUCGCUCAUCGGUUAAGCGAAUGGAUCUUCCUUGACUUGUUUAUUUAUUUGAAUAUGUUUAAGUUCUUUGACUACAUUUUAAGAUAUUAUUAAGAAUCCUAUACUAUCCUAGACAAUUAAAUUGUUAUGAUUCACA